CCCGGCUCAAACCGGCAACUCCUCCACCAUGUAGGUAACAUCUGGCCCUCCCUUCCCCUUCGUGUCCCGCAAGUCUAGGAGAUGGCCACAGAUGGCGCGUUCCAGCAUCAUCGCCAUCGGUUUACCAUGUCGCCAUGUAAGUAUACGUAUUGAUCAAUGCGCGCUGCACGGCCAGGGUACAUACAUUAGUACCUAUGCAACACACGGCCUUUACACCUGAUAGCUGCCUUUGAGCGCGGGCCGUUGGUGCGCGCGACAGCUGCCGCUCGGUAGGUGGGCAAGGUGGGCCCCGCCUGCCCUCGCUGCGGCUCUCGUGCAAGCGAUCUGGCCAAUUAGCUGCGCGCACCAUGCCCGCACAGCUGCUGGCUGUUCCAGGGGACCUUUUUCAACAGCACCCACCGCCACCACCAGUGGGACCCUUCGUUACGCCUUUCCCAACAUCGUCACCCAGCUUCAGUGCCCGCCCCGUUGCCGCGCUCCAAGCGCCCCCGUUGACGUUUGCUUGUGCCGGGCGCAGAGAACCUUGGGCUGCAAAGCAGCUCCACGGAGGGCAUUCUGCGGCAUGAAACUCGACUAAACAGCCGACAGGAAGCGACAAGUCAUGGCCACGGAACAAGCCGUCGACGUCGACGCACCGGCGUCGCCGCCACUCGCAUCCGAACGCCGUAGUCCUAUUGACGACGGCCGCCGGAAACGCAAGGCCUCGAGCCCCGAAGCGCGUAGCGACGAUGGCCCGGUCAAGCGUGCCAGGCCUGGCAGCGAGGACAGGGCCUCCCCUCCGCCCCGCAGACGAUCCCCUUCGCCUGCUUACCGACGAGAUUCUCAUGGGAGCGGUCAAGAGCGCAGACCAUCAGUCACUCAAGAAGACAAAAAGCGUGGCAAACGCCUGUUUGGUGGGCUGCUCAGCACACUCAGCCAAGCGGGCAGCAGCUCGCAGCAGAAGCGUCGGCAGGAGAUUGAGCGGCGCCAGCAGAUUAAGAUGAAGGAGCAGACUGCCGAAGACGAUAAGCGCCGGGCUGAGAAAAAGGCAGAGCUACACAAGAUCCGCAUGGAGCAGCAGAUUCACCUCGAGGAGCAAGUGAUGCGCAACAGACACGCAAAGGAGCUUCGCUUAGCCCAAUUUCUCUGCACCAGAGCCCGGCCCGUGAUUUACUACAGACCCUACCGCCUGUCAGAAAGAGAAGAGGACAUCAUCGACGAUCAGAUAAGCGACGUCAAGGUCGACAUUGCCCGCGAUUUAGAAGACUUCAAGUAUCGAAAAGAGCGCCACCUCCGACGGUACGGACUCAACAAGGACACUGACAGCCGACCCCGAGAGCAGACCCCGGCAGCCAUGCCUGUGCCCGACAUUGGCCCGCCACCGUCCCCGAGACCCUCCGCAAACGCCGAGGAUGUGGUCCCGCAACCUGAAAAGGAGGAUCUCGAUAUUCGAGACGCCGAGCCGGUCGAACAGGGGCCGGCGCCACAGCAUUCCCAACACCGUGAUCCACACGACGACUCAGGCGACGUUCUCGUGGAGGGAGAAGAGGACAUGGUUAUUUACUAAUUUGCUCUUCCCAGCAUCGGGUUCUGUACUACUACAUGCAUGGCGUACGGCGAGAGGCAUGGUGUCACCCUUCGAGGACAAGCCGAUAGGCAGGCUGACGUGCGCUAAGCGAAGCUACCAGGUCUCUUGCGUUUUCUUCAAUUCAAUGUCGGGAUACCCUUGGAGUUGGAGCGUGCCAGAAGAAGCAGUACUGAUGGCAGAAAAUGCAGGCUGCACGAGGGAGAGGGGGAUUAGCACCCAUACAUAGGCUUAAGCCUCAGUGUCGAGGGCGCGCGGGGCAGCCGCCGGCGAACCGCCGCCGGCACAAAACAGACUGUCCAACAUUUGACUGACGAUGCUGCUCACAGCGCAGGGGAGCUAGCUUUUACGGGCCGCAGCUAGGAUGCUGCGAUGUAGACAGUUACUGUGUCGCCAAUACGAAGAACGAG